UCCCUCGAAUGAUUCCUGCAGCUUCAGAACCAGGCUACUCUAACUUCACUUUCAGGGAAGGAAUCAAACUGGAGGGGCAGAAACAACCUUAGUAUGAUAAGACGGAAGGAAAGGAAUGCAUUCCAAGCUUGCGCGCCUUUUGUUCUAUCCAACUAUAUAAACUCUUAGGCUCCCUUACAUCUUGUUAGGACACACUCUCCUUGCACCUGCCUAUCGUUGGACCAAAAAUGGGUCUUGCCUCUAGUGCCCUCGAGAAGCUUGGACUCCCGGGACUGAGCUCGGUGACUACCAAGCAUGCCUAUGAAAACCAUUUCAAGAACAAGAAGACUGGCAAGUUUGAAGACUUCCAUGUCGCUUACGUCGAGUUCUGCAAGUAUGUCAACACUAUAAUACCUGGUCAAGAUUUCGAUACUCCACCACGCGAAAUGAUUGAGGAUUUUUAUAAAAAAACAUGGGAGAAGGAAAAGGACGAGGAGAAAAAGAAGGAAGAGUUCUUCAAGUUCAUGGCGAAGAACGUCAAAAAAGCGUCGGUGGACGACACUUUCUUCAUCAUGGCCGGGCUCGCUGCGCCGGCGGCUGCCGUCGUCGGCAAGAGGGCCAGCGGAAACAUCCCGUACGUCAAGAACCUGAGGCUGGACCUAGUCCCCAACGUCGUCUUCGUCCCGGCGUUCACAUUAUUCGCCAUCGUAGGAGCCGGCAUGGCGCAGAUAAGCAGGAAGAAGGCCGCGGCGGCGAAGGCAGAGGAGAGCGCCGCGGCGGCGAAGGCAGAGGAGAGCGAACCGGAGCAGAAGAACAAGAAGGACGAAGCCAAAAAUGCUUGACUUCUUAUCUCUUAUGUAUGCUGAAAUAAGAUGGAUGACUUGAUCACCUACUGAAUAACCAAGAGAUUUGGGACAAAAAUAUGUUUUUCCUUAUGUUUUCUACACAAAUCAUGCGUAUGUGUCGGUUCCAUAUUUCCAUUCACCAAUUGAAGCCUGAGCUACAAGUGCUG